UAUCAGUCUGAUUUUCAGGAUUAUGACAAGGAACACCGGAAAUAUUGGAAAUUGUAUUUCGUUGCGCUGCUUUUCAAUAGUGCGUAACUAAGCUGUAGGUGUUUCCUAGACGUUUUAGUAUCUAUCAAUACAAAAUACUUCGGGCGUUGAGACUGUUGCAUUUUGUCCCGAUUCAUUCGGUCUGUAAUGUUGGAGGUUUAUCACAAAUUGAUCUACUUACGUACGUAAGGUUCUAAAUGAACAACCAGUCCUCAAAACUUCAAUUCUACUUUAAAAUAGUGUUGGAUUUUUAGUGAGAGGUUAUGUUGCAUGAGUUAUUUUUGACCAACUUAAACAGUCCGUGAUUUAACCUCAUUUGUCGAUGCCUAUUUUCAACCCUAAAACAGUUACAAAUUUUCUGACUUAUGAAAAAGAAGAAAAAGUGGGCUUUCUUUGGAAAAAACGUUCUGAACAAAAAAAAUCUUACAAAAAACGUUACUUUAUAUUGUGUGGUAAUAUUUUAGCUUAUUUUGAUAAGAAAUUGGAUAAGGAACCAUUGGGUAUUAUAUUUUUGGAUUGUCAUAUUGUUGAAAUGUUGGAUGAUUUGAAAAUGGCGAUACGAUUCAGAGGACCUGGCGAAUUAUCUCGCAGUUAUAUUUUAAAGGGUGAAACAGCUGAGGAUAUUGAAGAUUGGAUGCGUGCUAUCAGUAGAUGUAGUAUUGAAUUUAUUACUUUGACUCUUGAAGAUUUAGAGGAUCACUACAAAGCACUGACUACGGUAAAGCAAACAAAUACAAAUCAGAAAUCACCAUCAUCAUCAUCUACAUUAAUUGGAAAUAAUAAUAAUAAUAAUAAUUCAACUACUUCAACUGUUAAAUCCUCAUUAUUUUCUAAACGUUCAAAUCCUUUUAAUAAAAGUAAUAGUGUUACUGGUACUAGUUACGAUAUCGAUCCUACCGGGUUUAAUAGUCAAUCACGCAAAUUGUAUCUAUCUAGUAGUUCCAAUGGUUUAUUAAAUCAAACUUUGACAUCCUCUAUAAAUCAUACUCAGUGGUUAUUAACACAGAAUUGGGAACAAUUAAAUGCUCGUUUAAAAGCUCAAUUUAUGAUAGGUGACAAGAAAACUGAUACAUAAACAAGUUAAUUGUUGCUCAAUUUCAUUUUUGUUUUAUAUAAUUUGUAUAGUUCUGUUAGUAGACUUUUGGUUCAAUGCUCAAUGUAAAUAAAAUUUUUAUUCAUUUUAAAUGUCAAAAUGUUUGAUUAAUUAAUGUUUCAGCAUCAGACUACUUAAUUUAAUAUUUUCAACAACGUAACUUCAAUUCAUAAAUCGUUUAUCAGUUUAAUUAUUUGUACUGAAUAAAUACUAGAAUUAUGUUUUGUUUUUUUCUUCUUCACUUUUUGUGUGUACAAAUGAUGUACCAUUGUAAAAAUGAAGCUCAUUAGUGAAAUCUCAUCAGUUAAGAUGGCUGGAGCAUGUGUUACGUAUGUCCAACUAUGGACUGCCCCGACGUGCAAUGUUUUAUGAUGUAGGAGUAGGUUGGAAGAAAGC